CAUUAACCGUCACCGUCACAGUUUGGCAACAUGGCGGCGCACAGGGUCUCUCCAUCACUGAACAGGCUGCUGUUUGCUGUAAAGUAUGCCUCAUUCCAGUCAGGAUGCUGUGCAGUGCACUGCAACGCUCAAUAUUCCACCAUCCACAGUCCCAGUGAAAAGACCUUUGAUAAGAUCCUCAUUGCCAACAGAGGAGAGAUUGCUUGCAGGGUGAUGAAGACAUGUCAUAAGAUGGGCAUCCAGACUGUAGCUGUUCACAGUGAUGUAGACUCCAGUGCUGUUCAUGUAAAGAUGGCUGAUGAAGCAGUGUGUGUUGGCCCCGCCCCCACCAGUAAGAGCUACCUUAACAUGGAUGCCAUCAUGGACGCCAUCAGAGCGACUGGAGCACAAGCUGUUCAUCCUGGCUAUGGGUUUCUCUCUGAAAACAAAGAGUUUGCAAAGCGACUGGCAGCAGAAGGCGUGGCAUUCAUUGGCCCAGAUACCCAUGCUAUAAUGGCAAUGGGGGAUAAAAUUGAGAGCAAGCUGAUUGCUAAGGCUGCAAACGUCAACACUAUCCCAGGAUAUGAUGGAGUUGUCAAGACUGCUGAGGAAGCUGUGAAGAUUGCACAGGACAUUGGCUACCCAGUGAUGAUCAAAGCAUCUGCAGGAGGAGGAGGGAAAGGAAUGAGGAUUGCUUGGAAUGCUGAGGAGACAAGGGAAGGUUUCCGGUUCUCGUCCCAGGAGGCAGCAUCCAGCUUUGGAGAUGACAGGCUGCUCAUUGAGAAGUUUAUAGACAACCCCAGACACAUUGAGAUACAGGUGCUGGCUGAUAAACAUGGUAAUGCUCUGUGGCUGAAUGAGAGGGAAUGCUCCAUCCAGAGGAGGAACCAGAAGGUGGUGGAAGAAGCUCCCAGUACUUUCCUGGACCCAGUGACAAGGCGGGCGAUGGGUGAGCAGGCAGUGCAACUGGCCAAGGCUGUGCAGUACUCCUCUGCUGGCACCGUGGAGUUCCUUGUGGAUUCUAAAAAGAACUUCUACUUCCUGGAGAUGAACACACGACUACAGGUGGAGCAUCCAAUUACAGAGUGUAUUACUGGCCUGGACCUGGUGGAGCAAAUGAUCAGGGUUGCCAAGGGUUACCAACUGCAGCACAAACAGGAUGAUAUCCCAAUUAACGGUUGGGCCAUUGAGAGUCGCGUCUACGCUGAGGAUCCUUACAAGUCUUUUGGUCUUCCCUCCAUUGGACGGCUAUCUAAAUACCAAGAGCCACUCAACCUCAGCAAUGUCCGUGUAGACAGCGGAAUCCAGGAAGGAAGUGACAUCAGCAUCUACUAUGAUCCCAUGAUCUCUAAGUUGGUUACCUAUGGAGCUACGCGAGCUGAAGCCCUUGCCAGGAUGGAGGAUGCUCUGGAUAACUAUGUAAUCAGAGGUGUGACCCACAACAUUCCCCUCCUUCGGGAAAUCAUCACACACCCCCGCUUUAUCUCUGGUGACAUCAGCACCAACUUCCUGCCUGAGGUUUACCCUGAUGGCUUUAAGGGUCACCAGCUGGACGUAGACACACGCAGGGAGCUGUUGGCCUCAGCAGCAGCGCUCUACAUCACUGCUCAGCUCCGAUCACAGAAGGUCCUGGGUGACCUGAGGGUGUCUUCCAGUCCUGUGGAAUGUAGCCGCUGGGAGCUGUGUGUGCAGCUGGAGGAUGGAAGCCAUUCUGUGGAGGUUACCAAAUCAGGAAAUGUUUAUACUGUGGAGGUGGAUGGAGGAAAGGUGGAAGUAAGUGGACAGUGGAACCUGGCCUCCCCAUUGCUACCACUUACCAUCAACGGCACACACAGGACGCUACAGUGUCUGUCCAGAGAUGCUUCUGGAAGGAUUCUCCUGCAGUACCUUGGCACAUCGUUUAAGGUUCGCGUUCUGUCUAAGUUGGCUGCAGAGUUUAACUCCUACAUGCCAGAAAAAGUUCCAGAAGACACCAGCAGCAUCCUGCGUUCACCGAUGCCAGGCACAGUGGUAGCGGUGUCCGUCAAGCCUGGAGAUCCGGUUGCAGAGGGUCAGGAGAUCUGUGUGAUCGAAGCAAUGAAGAUGCAGAACAGUUUGACUGCCGUCAAGCAAGCAAAGGUUAAGAGUGUCCACUGUAAGCCAGGGGAGACGGUGGGAGAAGGAGACCUGCUGGUAGAGCUUGAAUAAAACCCAAGCUUCUUUUUUUAACUUUUGAUGUGUAACAUCAGCACCAGGAUGAGCCUUACUCCCCUCUGAAGAGCCACAUUGGCAAACAGACUGGACAAUAACAGAUGCUUGAUUUAUCUUGCCAGUGGUCAGUCUCCAGAGUGGCCCCAAGCACAGUUUAGUUUCCCUGAUGGUGACUCAGAGCUGAGCUGUAUCAGCAGUGUACCAGUGUUUUCUCCAUGUCAAACUCAAUGAUGUUGCUUGUUUAGAUGCAGCUAUCUUAAAAAAAGAAUCUCUCUCCCGUAUGUAUUUUCCAGACCUGAUUAUUAGUUUUUGUUAUAUUACAGAAAAACAUGUUUUUACCCCUAUGUUGUCUUUCUUUGCAGAUAGUUUUGAUUUAUGUGCCAAUGUUUUGAGAUAUCUACAUAGCAAAUGUCAGCUGCUGCUGGAUAUGUACAUGGAGCUGCUGAGUUUUUCAAAUGUCAUUUUUCUGUGAUUUGAGCACCAAAAAGAGUUCCAUUAACCUCCAUUGUAUUAGAGUGGAGGCAGAGACGGAUAUCUUAAAACCUUAUCGCAGAAAACCCAAACUGUGCAUUGCCCGAUACCACUCAAGGCAAGUAAAAAAAAUGUCUGUUGUAAUUUGGUUGAACUGACAUUUUAAAAGGCACACUACAUACAACCAAUAAAGUGCUCCUUCUUUUCCACAAACAGUAA